CCAGGUCAUAUCUGGUCUCUAGAUGUGCUUGGGAGGAUGCCGGAGCCUGCCGGGCCGCCGGCGACCCUUCUGCGCUUCUGCUGCCGAGGAGCCCGGCUGGCGGUUCUGGUGCUGCUCGCGCUGCCGGCGGCCUGGGGUCAGUGCAGUGCCCCGGCAUGGCUUCCAUUUGCCAAGCCUACCAAACUAACCGAUGAGUCUGAGUUUCCUGUUGGGACAUCUUUGAAGUAUGAAUGCCGCCCUGGCUAUUAUGGAAGACCGUUUUCUAUCACCUGCCUAAAAACCUUGGUCUGGACAGAUGCUAAGGACAGGUGCAGACGUAGAUCAUGUAACAGUCCUCCAGAUCCUGCGAAUGGCAUGGUGCAUGUGAUCACAGACAUCCAGUUUGGAUCCACAAUCAAUUUUUCUUGUAAUAAAGGAUUCCAUCUCGUCGGUUCCUCCUCCGCUGCAUGCGUCAUCUCAGGCAACACCGUCACUUGGGAUAAUGAAACACCUACUUGUCAGAAAAUUCCCUGUGAGCCGCCCCCAGCCAUCGCCAAUGGAGAGUUGAUCACAUAUGGAGAAUAUUUUGAGUACGGAGUGGUGGUGACCUAUCGCUGCAAACGUGGGAAGCGAGGGGAAGAGGUGUUCGACCUUGUGGGUGAGGCCUCCAUAUACUGCACCAGCGAGGACGAUCAAGUCGGCGUCUGGAGCGGCCCUCCCCCUCAGUGCAUCGUACCUAAUAAAUGCACGCCGCCAGACGUGGAAAAUGGAAUAAUGGUAUCUGACAACAGAAGCUUGUUUUCCUUAAAUGAAGUUGUGGAGUUGAGGUGUCAGCCCGGCUUUGUCAUGAAAGGACCCGCCAGAGUGCAGUGCCAGGCCCUGAACAAAUGGGAGCCAGAGCUGCCCCGCUGCUCCAGGGUAUGUCAGCCGCCUCCAGAAAUCCCACAUGGUGAGCAUACACCAAGUGACCGGGACAACUUUUCGCCUGGACAGGAGGUGUUCUACAGCUGUGAACCCGGCUAUGACCUCACGGGGGCUGCCUCUCUGCGCUGUACACCCCAGGGAGACUGGAGCCCGGGAGCCCCCACAUGUGUAGUGAAAUCCUGUGAUGACUUCCUGGACCAACUCCCCAAUGGCCGUGUGCUAGUUCCUCUUAAUCUCCAGCUUGGGGCGAAGGUGUCCUUUGUUUGUGAUGAAGGGUUUCAAUUAAAAGGCAGUUCCACUAGGCAUUGUGUCUUGGUUGGAAUGCAAAGCCUUUGGAACAGCAGCGUUCCUGUUUGUGAACGUCACUGUACAGUCCCGGAUGAUUUUCAGUUUGCUAAGUUGAGAACCCAAACCAACGAAUCUGACUUUCCCAUUGGGACAACUUUAAAGUAUGAAUGCCGCCCUGAGUACUAUGGGAUGCCAUUCUCUAUCACGUGUCUGGAAAACCUGGUCUGGUCGAGUCCCAAAAAUGUCUGUAAACGUAGAUUGUGUAAAAUUCCUCCAGAUCCUGUGAAUGGCAUGGUGCAUGUGAUCACAGACAUCCAGUUUGGAUCCACAAUCAAUUACUCUUGUAACCAAGGCACGCCGCCAGACGUGGAAAAUGGAAUAAUGGUAUCUGACAACAGAAGCUUGUUUUCCUUAAAUGAAGUUGUGGAGUUGAGGUGUCAGCCCGGCUUUGUCAUGAAAGGACCCGCCAGAGUGCAGUGCCAGGCCCUGAACAAAUGGGAGCCAGAGCUGCCCCGCUGCUCCAGGGUGUGUCAGCCACCCCCAAAAAUCUCACAUGGUAAGCAUACCCCAAGUGACAAGGACAACUUUUCGCCUGGACAGGAAGUGUUCUACAGUUGUGAGCCUGGCUAUGACCUCACGGGGGCUGCUUCUCUGCGCUGUACACCCCAGGGGGACUGGAGCCCGGGAGCCCCCACAUGUGUAGUGAAAUCCUGUGAUGACUUCCUGGACCAACUCCCUAAUGGCCGUGUGCUAGUUCCUCUUAAUCUCCAGCCUGGGGCGAAGGUGUCCUUCAUUUGCAAUGAAGGGUUCCGUUUAAAGGGCAGUUCCACGAGUCACUGUGUCCUGGCUGGAAUGAGAAGCCUUUGGAAUAACAGUGUUCCUGUGUGUGAACAAAUCUUUUGUCCAAAGCCUCCGGCUAUCCUUCAUGGGAGACACACAGGCACUCCUUUGGGAGAUAUUCCCUAUGGAGAAGAAAUAUCCUACACGUGUGACCCCUACCCGGACACAGGGGUGACCUUCGACCUCAUCGGGGCAAGCACCAUCCGCUGCACAAGUGACAGUCUAGGGAAUGGGAUUUGGAGCGGCCCCGCCCCUCGCUGUGAGCUUUCUGUUCCUGCCGGUCACUGUGAAACCCCAGAGCAGUUUUCAUUUGCCAGUCCUAUAACCCCAACUGAUGAGUCCAAGUUUCCAGUUGGCACAUCUUUGAACUAUGAAUGCCACCCUGGGUAUUUUGGGAGCAUGUUCUCUAUCACCUGCCUAGAAAACUUGGUCUGGUCAAGUGUCAAAGACAUCUGUAGGCGAAAAUCAUGUGGAGCUCCUCCAGAACCCUUCCAUGGAACAGUGCAUAUAAACACAGAUACCCAGUUUGGAUCAAUAGUUAAUUAUUCUUGUAAUGAAGGGUGUAUAUCCUGUGAGCCACCUCCAGCCAUAUCCAAUGGCAACUUCUAUAGCAACAAUAGAACAUUUUUUCACCAUGGAGCAGUGGUAACUUACCAGUGUCACACUGGGCCAGGUGGAGAAAAGCUGUUUGACCUCGUGGGAGAACAGUCAAUAUACUGCACCACCAAAAAUAAUCAAAUUGGUCUUUGGAGCAGCCCUCCUCCUCAGUGUAUUUCUGUUAACAAAUGCACAGUUCCAGAAGUUGAAAACGGAAUUAGAGUAUCUGGAAAUAGGAGUUUAUUUUCCCUCAAUGAGAUCGUGAGGUUUAGAUGUCAGCCCGGCUUUGUCAUGCGAGGGUCGGACACUGUGCAGUGCCAGACCAACAACAGAUGGGGACCUGAGCUGCCACACUGCUUCAGGGUGUGUCAGCCACCUCCAGAAAUCCCACAUGGUGAGCAAAGCCCAAGCAACAAACACGACUUUUUGCCCGGGGAGGAAGUGUUCUACAGCUGUGAGCCCGGCUUUGACCUCACGGGGGCUGCUUUUCUGCGGUGUACACCCCAGGGGGACUGGAGCCCGGGAGCCCCCACAUGUACAGUGAAAUCCUGUGAUGACUUCCUGGACCAACUCCCUAAUGGCCGUGUGCUAGUUCCGCUUAAUCACCAGCUUGGGGCGAAGGUGUCCUUUGUUUGUAAUGAAGGGUUCCGAUUAAAAGGCAGCUCUGCUAGUCAUUGUGUCUUGGCUGGAAUGAAUGGCCUUUGGAAUAGCAGCGUUCCCGUGUGUGAACAAAUCUUUUGUCCAAAUCCUCCGGCUAUCCUUCAUGGGAGACACACAGGCACUCCUUUGGGAGAUAUUCCCUAUGGAGAAGAAAUAUCCUACACGUGUGACCCCCACCCGGACACAGGGGUGACCUUCGACCUCAUCGGGGCAAGCACCAUCCGCUGCACAAGUGACAGUCGAGGGAAUGGGAUUUGGAGCAGCCCCGCCCCUCGCUGUGAGCUUUCUGUUCCUGCCGCAUGCCCGCAGCCACCCAAGAUCCAGAACGGGCGUCUCAUUGGACAACGUGCAUCUCCGUAUCUUCCCGGGAUGAUAGUCGGCUACGCUUGUGACCGUGGCUACCUGUUGGUGGGAAGGGCCUUUAUUUUCUGUACAGACCGGGGAACCUGGAGCCAACUUGAUCAUUACUGCAAAGAGGUCAAUUGUAGCUUCCCACAGUUUAUGAAUGGAAUCCGGAAGGAUUACCUUGUUUUACUGCCCCUAGGCAUUGUCUUUGGUAUGACCUUCUUUAUUUUGGUCAUCAUUGUUUCCUGUUGGAAAAUUCUGAAGCACAGAAAAGGCAAUAAAACAGAUGAAAAAUCUAAAGAAGUGGCUAUCCAAUUACAUCCUCAGAAAGGCAACUGUGAUCAUCCUCAAACUCUGCAAACAAAUCAAGAAAAUAGCAGUGUCCUUGCCUGACAAAGCAUGCUACGAAGCCGAGAACACCUUGAAUUAAAUGUUGGUUGGAAAGGAGCCAAUUCAUUUCAACAGAAAAAGAUCCGAGAGUCAUAAAGUCUCUGAAGUGACUUCACAGAGAUGACGUGUGCCUGGAGAUGCUGAAGCUCUCCCAGCAUCUAGCAAAGCUUCUCCUUCUUUAGUCUCCUUUCCCGUGACGCCCUCACCCUCUGUCCUUGGGCUAAAAUUGCACAUCAUCUAGUCGGAAGAAAGGCUGCAGUUAGGAUACAGAAAAUCGUUCGGAUUACUUAAAGGAAAACAAUGUCGCCUAGGAUUUCUGGUUUAUAAGUUUGUCAUUUUUUCUUAUUUUAAAAUAUUCAUAAUAUGGGAUGGGCUCAUUAAGGAGAAUUGGAAA